ACCCCAAGCAUGAUGGCGCAGUGGAAGCGCGCUGGGCUCAUAACCCAGAGGUCCUUGGAUCGACACCAAGUCGUGCUAUUUCGUUGAUGCAAUAUUUUUUCCUUUUUCUUUCUCUUUUGGUUUGGGCUUUUGAAAGGGAGUGGGGUUGGCUUGUUGUGGGAGGGGAAGAGGGGAUGAGUUUAGGCGAGGUGCGGGAAUGGAAGCGAGAAAGCAGAUGGAAUGGAAAUGAGGUUCACGGGGUUUAGUUGUGGUGAGGAAUUUUGUAUGGAGUUCGUGGUUAAUGGAUUGAGGUUUUUUGCAAUUCUUCGUUGGACUACGGGAUAUCUUUCGAUUUGGAUUUCUGGUAGAGUGCUGAAGCCGGAAAUUGUUUGUCGCGAAGUUGCUUAAUGGGACGAAGCCUCCAGCCGAAGAGAAGGGGUUUAGUGAUGCUUAUUGUUUUUGUGGAUGUCGCUUUUCACGCACGUUUCUUGGUCUUCUGGAAGAUUUUUGGGAUUUUAUGAUAUCGAUGAAAGGGAAGAUCCGCUGUUCGCAAUUUCUUUGCGAUGUUGUGUUCGUGCUCAUGUUUAAGUGGGAUAGGGUAGUCUUGAUGCUGAGGGGAGUACUAUUUUCUGAAUGACAUCGGAUAUGGAGUUCAGCGGAUGCUCAGACUUUGGGUAUGAUUUAAUAUCCCGUAUUUGUGAAUCUAUGUCCUUGCUUUCUCUUUAAUGGAUCUUCGCACGAAGGAAGGUUGCGUCUGCCUCUGCCUGUUCUUCCGUCGAAAAUAAAUACAAG